AAACGAAACGUAAUUCGUUCUCUCUCUCUCUCUCUCUCUCUCUCUAUAUAUAUAUAUAUAUAUAUAAUAUCUCUCUCUCUCUCUCUGUGUUUAUGUAUAUAUAUAUAUACACACACACACGGAGAACGAAGCUGGAUUGAUUUGAUUCGAAGAGUCCGGUUCGUGGAUCGCUUUUCUACUGCUAAGUUGGACUAGGCUGCGUAUUUCAGCACUCACAGUUGACCACGACAACAGGCCAGUUUUACUGUCUCACAUCACAAAAACACUUGUUGUUAGUUGUCAAUGUUGGUUGUUCAUGCGACUAAAUGAUCAUAAUCAUACAAUUGUGAAGAUUAAUUACGCAUGCGCCAUUGUGAGCCGAAAAAUUACUGUUGUUUUGAUAGGAUUAUUGACUCUGACUAUGGGUUCUGCAAAUGGAUUAGUGGGUGCAAAAGGGAAGCAACCUCUGUUUUCUUUUGGGGUUAUAACAGAUGUCCAGUAUGCUGAUAUUCCUGAUGGACGUUCUUUCCUUGGUGUUCCUCGGUAUUAUCGACACAGCAUUCUUGUCUUGCAGAGGGCAGUCCAGAAUUGGAAUAACCUGCAGAAGCUCAAAUUUGCAGUCAAUUGUGGGGACAUUGUUGAUGGGUUUUGCCCCAAAGAUCAGUCCUUAAAUGCUGUUAAGAAAGUUGUUAGUGAGUUUGAAAAUUUCAGUGGUCCUGUCCACCACAUGAUUGGCAAUCACUGCCUCUACAAUCUCUCUCGUGACAAGUUGCUUCCAUUAUUGAAAAAUCCCAAUCUUGAUGGCCGUGCAUACUAUGAUUUUACUCCAUCCCCAGAAUAUCGAUUUGUAAUCCUUGAUGGCUAUGAUAUCAGUGCCAUUGGCUGGCCACAAGAACAUCCGCACACUCUGGAGGCCUUGAAAAUUCUUGGGGAGAAAAAUCCAAAUUCAGAUAAAAACAGUCCGGCAGGGCUUGUGGGCCUGGAGAGAAGGUUCCUCAAGUUCAAUGGAACGGUUGGAAAAGAACAACUAGAAUGGUUGGAUGAUGUGCUUCAGGAUGCAACAAAAUUAAACCAGAAAGUUGUGAUCUGUUGCCAUUUGUCUUUACAUCCUGGUGCAUCGUCUCCAGCAGCCCUUCUCUGGAAUUAUGAUGAAGUGAUGGGUAUUGUACACCGAUACAAUUGUGUGAAGGUUUGCCUAGCUGGGCAUGACCACAAAGGCGGAUACUCAGUUGACUCACAUGGUGUCCAUCAUCGAGUUCUUGAAGCAGCCCUAGAGUGCCCUCCCGGCGCAGAUGCAUUCGGACACAUAGAUGUUUUUGAUGACAGGUUAUUGCUCGUUGGAGCUGAUCGAAUGCAGAGCACUGAGAUGAUUUUUGCUCCUUAAAUGUCUGCAUAUAGAAUCAAACUCCCAUUCAUUUUCUCAAGAAGAAAGUAGAAUGUACAUUAUAGAGUUCUGCCAUUAUUUGCAGGAAAUUCCCCAAGGCUUCUUGUUGAAAUUUCAACUAGCAAGUUCUAGUGGUUUUCCCAUGUAGAAAGAGGUGCUGAUGCAACAAACUAUGUGAUAUCAAGGACAAUCUUACUAUGUUAAUGAGUCCUAUAAUAGCCAUACUCCCAGAUGUGACAUACAAUGGUUGCUGAUUUUCUUAAGGUUUUCAAUAGAAUAUCGGUCUCUCAUACAAA